AUGCGGGACGCUUGGACACCUUGCAAGGCCAAGGAGAUCCAAGGAUACGCGAAUCGCAACGAGUGGGAGAACGUUUUCGUCGCGAUCAGGGCUGUCUACGGUCCCACAACCAAAGCAAAUGCUUUUUUUCUCAGCGCCAGCGAAAUGGCCCUACUCGCGGAGAAGGUGCCGAUCCUGAAGCGAUGGGCUGGGCACUUCGGAGGCGUCCUCAGCCGUUCCUCUACUACCUACGACGCCGUCAUCGUCCGUCUGCGUCCAGUGGAAACCAACGUCGAUCUUGAACUCCCACCCUCUCUACACGAAACAACCAGCAGCGCUUCAGCGGGAAAGCGCCCGGAUCGGAUGCGAUUCAUGCUAAAAUCUGCAAGCACGGUGGCUCCCAACUUAUGGGACACUGCAGGAUUUCAAUGA